AUGAAGGGUGAUAGUACACAGGGAGACAUGAGUACUUGGAGGGAAGUUGACUUCGCUCUCAACUGUACCUACAUCGUGCCGGAUCAGGUGUCCAACCUGAGUUUUAACCUGCCCAAAGCCAUGACAUCUAUUCCACGCAAUCUAGCGUUCGAGCACAACAAAGACAACGAGGUGAGUGGUGUGUUCAGCAAAGAGUAUAUCCCUCGGGGGACCCGAUUUGGACCCCUGCAGGGAGACAUCUACACCAAAGACAACGUCCCCAAACAGGCCAACAGAAAAUAUUUCUGGAGGAUUUACAACAACGGCCAGCUUCAAAACUUCAUCGACGGCUACGACGUCCACAGGAGCAACUGGAUGCGCUACGUUAACCCGGCCCGAUCGCUAAGCGAGCAGAACCUGGUGGCCUGCCAGAACGGUCGAGAUGUUUACUUCUACACAAUCCGGCCCGUGGAGCCCAAACAGGAGCUGCUGGUGUGGUACAGUCAGGAGUUUGCCCAGAGAUUGUGCAGUCAGCAAGAGAAUACCAAACACAAAAGCAUGAAUGUUGACGAUGAGCAAGAGCACACCAAGCAGCACGUCCCUCAACAGAUAUGGCCCAAGGAGAGAACGAAGGAAGAAGUAAAAGAGGAGAGAAACGAUGAAGAAGUGGAUGUGGAGAUGUUGGGAAGAGAUACCCCUCCUGACACUCCUGAUGACCAAAUCAUGGAUUUCAGCAAAAAGAUUGAAAAAGAAGAGAAAAGCGAUCCUGAGAAUCGCGUCUUUGCCGCGUCCCCUCAACCUGAACAAAAAGAAACAACUCACGGAGUGAAUCCGCCUUACUUACCCGAAAAUAUUGCGGCGUUAUCAACCGAUCAACGAAAUAUACCUCUUCACCUGCACGGCCUUUACGGCCACAGAGAAGGUUUAGUGUCGUCUUAUCCUCUUUACUCUCAAUCCAGACCUCUCCAACCGGCCUACCAGCUCCUUCCCCCAUUCACUUCGCACUACCCACGCCUCCUCCUCCCUUCAUAUUCUCCUCCGUUUCCCGGAAUGCUUCCCUCAAGAGGAACCCUCAGAUACGGCAACUAUCUGGGCACGGACGGAAUCCCCUAUCCGCAUCUCAGCACCCCUAACCUCCUCCCUAUGACCCUCCCUUACCCUUCGUCCCCGCAGGGUGGUCUCAAAGAACUCACCCCUAACGUAUCCCCGCCACGGGGCGCCCCGGCCACGCCCGAACUUUCACCUGUCCCCAAGCCAACCAACCAGAUUCCUUCACCUGAGCAUAUUUCUUCUCACUGCGAGGAGGCGAUGAACCUCACGUUGGACAUUACCAAAGGCAAUUCCGGACUGCGAAAUCGUCCCGGGCAUAAAUCUUUGCCCUAUCCGCUGAAAAAGCAGAACGGAAAGAUCAAGUAUGAAUGUAACAUCUGCUCCAAGACUUUUGGACAGCUGUCAAAUCUUAAGGUUCAUCUUCGAGUGCACAGUGGCGAAAGACCGUUCCAGUGCAACUUGUGUAAAAAGAGUUUCACUCAACUGGCCCAUCUACAGAAGCACCACCUCGUUCAUACAGGGGAGAAGCCACAUGAGUGUCAGGUGUGUCAAAAACGUUUCAGCAGCACCAGCAACUUAAAAACUCACCUCCGACUUCACUCCGGGGAAAAACCUUACCAAUGCAAACUAUGCGGCACCAAAUUCACCCAAUACAUUCACCUCAAGCUGCACCGCCGCCUCCACAGCGGCCGCGAACGUCCUUACCGCUGUCCGCUAUGCUCGCAGGCCUUCUUCCACCGCUUCUCCCUUCGCAUCCACCAACGCAGCUGCUGCCCGGCCAGCUCGGCCGUCGACGUCCACGCCAAAGAAACGCUGGAGCGCUUCGACGCCGGCCAGGAAGCCGACGCGCUGGCGGAAACGGCGUCGGCGGCACAAGUGGAGGAAGCGGUGGAACGCUGGCUGGCUCGUACUUUGGAGGGUGAUGGGAAAGAGGACCAACGAGAGGCUACGUUUCUACUUAAAGCGCUGAGCCUGGCCAUCAACGCUCCGGAGCGCGGGUCGGCGCCGGUCUAUCAGGAAAGAGCUAGCGUCGUCCAUCUUCACAAGCGCUCGGCGGUGAAAGUGGAAGCUUAA